AAUCAUAUUGACUUCUUCCUUAACCCAAUAUCACAACAAAACUAACGGACCAAAUUCAUUCGUGUCCCUCCAAAAACAGAGCACACCACUCAUCAAAUCAGACCAUGCUCGUCGAAGAAGACGAGGACGACACACUCAGCCAAAACAAGCAAUUGCUUCUCAACCACCAUUAAACUCGACCGUACGAAAAAAUGGAGUUCCCGUUAAUCUCUCGAGCUUCUAACCCUCCAACGACGUCGUUUGCGUCCGGCUGUAGGGUGGGUCUCUGUGAAUUGCCGGCGCUGAGCGGGAAGAAGAAGAGGGGGUGUGUUGCCGGCGGAGUAAGGGUUUCGAAGAGGAGUGUGAGGGCGUCGGCGGAUAGGAGAAGUGAGGGGAUUGAUGGAAGAGGAGGGGAGAGAGAGAGUGGGGGAGGAGGGUACACGAGUUCGGCUAUGGAGGUGACCACAUUCAAUCAGAGCUUCGGCGAAACCGAGUUCCCAGUUUGGGAUAAGAUAGGAGCUGUUGUGAGACUUAGCUACGGAAUCGGCAUAUAUGGUGCGAUGGCUGUAGCAGGGAGGUUCAUAUGCUCAAUGACAGGAAUUGAUUGCGCGGGGGGAUUCGAACCAUCAUUAAAUGCAAUUGUACAAGGACUGGGAUAUGCAUCUCCACCAAUAAUGGCUCUUCUCUUCAUACUAGAUGAUGAAGUUGUGAAGCUAUCGCCUCAUGCUCGUGCCAUCAGAGAUGUAGAGGAUGAGGAGCUACGAAGCUUCUUUUAUGGAAUGUCACCAUGGCAGUUUAUCCUCAUCGUUGCUGCAAGCUCUGUUGGUGAGGAGCUUUUCUACCGUGCUGCUGUUCAGGGAGCACUGGCAGACAUAUUUCUACGGAGCAAUGGUUUGAUCACAGAUGCACAUGGAAUGGCAUCUCUGACUGGCGUUCUGCCUCCAUUUGUCCCAUUUGCUCAGGCAUUUGCAGCUGUGAUCACAGCCGCUCUUACAGGAUCCCUUUAUUACAUGGCUGCCUCUCCAAAAGAUCCUACUUAUGUCGUUGCGCCAGUUUUACAAUCUCACUCUGGUCGUCAAGACCUAAAAAAGCUUUUUGCAGCAUGGUACGAGAGGAGACAAAUGAAAAAGAUAUACUCUCCCCUGCUGGAAGGGCUUUUAGCCCUUUACCUCGGAUUCGAAUGGAUUCAGACGAAUAAUAUUCUUGCGCCCAUCAUUACACAUGGCAUAUAUUCUGCUGUUAUAUUGGGACAUGGUCUUUGGAAGAUUCAUGACCACCGGCGGAGACUACGCCAGAGAAUCCAGCAACUCAAACUAGAAGGAAAAAACUUGCAUAAAUUGUGAAGGAGCAAUGUAACAAGGAUGUAGCUUGAAGUGUAGGGAAAUUGUAUAUACUACAUAGCAGAGCAAGAUUAUUCAUAGCGGGUAAUUUUACUGUACAAUAUAUGUAUUAAUAGAGAAGUGUAUGGUAAACAAACAAUAAAUUUAUAAGCUAAAACGAAGAAUUUUAAGUUGUAUACACCAAUAAUGACAUGAAUUUGUAGAUUUUGACCUUUUUA